AUGGACAGUCUUAAGGUUAGUCAAAAUUUAAUAAAAAGGAAAUGGACACUAGCUCUCAAUCUAUGUUUUAAAGAAUCGAUAAAUAAACAUUUAUCAGAAAAUUUGUUGGGUGAUGUAAAAUAUGAAAUCGUCUGUUUCAUUGAAGAGUUAAAGAAUUACGAUGAUUUAUUCAUAGUAGAGGAAGUUGAUGUAAAGAAAACAAAUAAAGUAUGGGAUGAGGCUAUUAAUUCGUUGAUUGAAAAUUCGUUUUCAACAAGACACCAAAUAGUCGAGUUUAUGAUCUUAGUCAUAUAUAAAGAUGAUAGCUUGCUUAAUAUAAACGAGAUUAUCUGUUUGCUCAAUCGAUUACAAAUCGCUGAAGAUAGAUUAUUAAAUGUAACACUAAAUUUACAUGACGCAUAUUUAUCAUGGAACAUAAUUGUUGAAUUUUUUUCUAGGGAAACAUUUUCAACUGACCAAGAAGUUUUAGAAUUUUUUGAUAAAUUUACAAAUAAAUUUCCUAAAAAUGUGUUCUUGUCUGCAUGGCUUCAGAUUAUAUUUAUUUUAUGCCCAGAAAAAAAAUCCCCAACAUCAGAACAUAUGAUUUUGGUUCAGCCAGUUUAUGAUUCUCAGCAAGUUUUAAAAUUUCUUAAUAAAUUUGCGAAUGGAAUUGGCAAUCUUGAUGAAGCUGAAAAUCAGAUUUAUGAUGAUAAAUCAUUAAGGGAUGAAGAAAAGAUAUACUUGUAUAACUAUCUACAAAUUGAUUAUAAAAAUGAUCUUGAAUUGUCGAUUUUUAACGACAUAAAACGGGUUAAGAAACAUAUGCCGAAAUGUUUAGAGCCAGCGUCACCUACCAAACAAAUUAUUCCAAACAAACUUCAACUUCUUGUUUAUAGCCAUUCUAUCGAUUAUUCGGAUUUUGAUGCACCUCCUCAAAAGCGUCCCGAAUUUCAAAUAGCAUGUUGGACUUUCUUAUCACGUGGAUUAUCUAUUCAUAGGCAAAAAGAGAUUUAUUUCACACUUCGCCGUAAUGAAGAUGAGAAUGAAGAUGAUUUUCCCAUAAAUAUUAAAGUUUUAUAUCAUGCCUUUUAUAUUUUAGCAUGCAAAGGGUCAACAGUUGACAUCGGUGAAUAUAGUUAUUUUGAUGAUAAAAUGGGUGAAAUUAUAUUUUCCAGAGCAGAUAUGAAUAAAAUAAUAUAUACAGAAAGGCAGCCGAUUGGAAUUGAUUUACCAUCUCAUGUUUUACAUGCUAUUUUAAUUACUAACGAAGAAUAUGAGGUAUACAUGAAUUAUGGCAUAUCCCGUUUAUUAUCUCAAAUGGGUAACGCUGAAAGAUAUUUUCCUUUCCCUCCAUGGAAUGAUAGGCUCCGUGAAAGUGUUGUGACAAUGAAUGAUAUGAAAUCAAGUAUAUUGAACAUGGUGGGAAUAAAGAUCAUAAAUUUGGAAGUGCGAGUAACAUGUAUAAAAAACAAAACAAUAAGAUUGAAUAUUUCACCUAAUACUCACGAAAGUAUAUGUAAGGCUUACUCAGAAACAGAGUUUCAAUAUGCGUUAACGAUUUUAACUGGGUUAGAUAGAAAAGCAAAUUCUUGUCUAGUCUGGGAUGGUAAUCUUAAAGAACUUAAUGCAAAUGGUAUAGGCUGCCUUUCAAGUCGACUUGGUGGCUGUUUCGAUGGCUUUGUUUUAUUUUUAACAAAUAAUACAUUUCAACAUAUUCACCAAGCACUUAUCUCUCGUAAUUACCUCAACAUAAGACUGAAUGAAAAUACAUGCUUUGUGUUAGAAUGGGACCAUGCUCCAAAGAAACCUAUAAUUGUAAAAGAUGAAAGAAAUAAAAAAAAGCAUAUCGUGGAAUUGACUGAAAUUGAAUUACUUACUUCUGAAAGUAAACUCGAUGACCGAAUGUGUGUACCCUCACAAAUUGAUUACAUAUCAGAGAUAGAUCAUGUAGUCCUGGAGCACUUCUCUUUAAUGGAUAAAAGUAGUGGAUUUAAUCUGUCAAUAUGCUUUACGAUAGAAGAAAAUGAAACUGUACAUAUAGAAUUGCGAAAAAACCCAUUGGAUUAUGAUGAUUCAAAACUAUUGGCCUAUAAACUUUGGCAUAGCUUGUCAUUAGUAAAUUUACCAAUAAUUUAUAGUGGACCGGUUAGUUUUCAAAUACAUUUUGCUGUAUGGGGUGGGAUACCUGAAUCAUACGUGUGGCCUAAAGAAGAAGAAGGGAUUCUUUCAACAGAAAAAGUCACAUUUUCACAUGGCUACAGGUUGAUUGGAGAUACUGAAGAAAAUGUAAUUAAAGAUGAAAAAGAAAAACUUGAUAUUAUAAAUGAGAAAGCAGAAUGGCACACUGGUUAUAUUAAUGAAUUUAAUAUGGCCAAAUGCCAAUUCGAACGUGCUUCAUCAGAAAAGAAUGGAUAUGUUCAUGUAAUUUUGAAAAGGUUUAGCAAAUCAAUUAAUGGCUUAGAUUAUCUGUUGUAUGAGUUAAAACAAUAUCGCAAAAUUUCGGGAGUAUCAGGAAUUACUAGAUGUUUCGGAGUAACAAGACGCCCUGAAACUGGCGAGUACUUACUUGUCGUAGAAUACAGUGGAAUCGAUCUUUCAAAAUUAUUUAACAAUUCAAAAAAAAAUCUCUAA